CGUUGAUAUUAAGAAUAAUAAUCGUUACUGAUAUAUAUAUAUAUAUAUACAAUAACUUAUCAUGGUUAUUUAUGGUCAACUAUUAUAUGGGAUAAUAAAUGCUGUGUAAAUUACUUCUAAUUUGUACAUUUAAUUAUAUAUAUGCUCAAAUUAAUUAUAGCGAUGAGAGAUUAAAUCGUUUCAAACGUAUAAUUGGUGGACAAUCUGUCCCACGUGGUACGUAUCCAUGGGCAGCAUCAAUUCAAGCUAAACGACAUACAUCGUGGUCAACAUUAGUUACAGGAUCCGAACAACACUACUGUGGUGCAGCUUUAAUUAAACCUGAUUGGAUAAUUACAGCAGCGCAUUGUUUAUACGACAGUGGAGAAGAUGAUGAAAUUAUCAGCUAUCUACAUCCAAAAAUGUGGCAUGUACGAAUGGCAACUGAAAAACUAAGUCCUGGAAUCUUAGAACGUUUAAAAGGUGCUUUCAAUCGAGUCUUCAAUUCCAUUUUUGGACAUGUUAAACUUCAAACAUUUUAUCACGUAGAAGAAAUAUUUCAUCAUCCAAAAUAUGAGCCUGGAAAUUUGGAGUAUGAUAUUGCUUUAUUUAAACUCAAAGAAACUCCAGUUUUGUGGAAAAUCAAUCAUUUAGAUUUAAUAGAAUUUCCGGACAAAAAAAUUGGCGAGGAAUGGCCUAAACCUAAUCAGAAAUGUGUAGCUGUUGGUUGGGGAUGUAGUUUUGUCGACGGGCCACCAACACUGAAAAUUCAAGCUGUAGAACUUCCAGUUCUACAAUCAAAAACAUGCAUGUCAAUGUAUUCAGCCUAUAUCAAUUUAACGGAAGAACAUGAAUUCUGUGCAGGUUACCAUAACUUUGGUAAAGGUGUAUGCCCAGGUGACAGUGGUGGACCAUUGGUCUGUGAAGAUGAUGGUGAAUACAGAUUAGCUGGUAUUGUUUCAGCAACACACUCCAAACUGCCCGCUGAUUAUCCGGCAAUAUUCACACGCGUUUCUUACUUCGCCAAAUGGAUAAAUGAUGUAAUCAGGGAGAACGGAUAUAAGAGAAAACCGAAUGGUCUAUUUUCAUUUUUAAAACUGCAUAACUGAAAAUUACUAUUAUUUUUCACUUCUGUUAUUACAUGUUAAUUUCCCUUUAAACAAAAGAAAUUAGAUAUUAGUUGUUAAGCAAUG